ACACACUACUUUGGCGGUAUUAUCAAUUUUUGGUCGCAUAUCUUUCAAAAAAAUCGGGCAAAUUGGCAAAAACACCUUUCGAACCGCGUCGGUAAAGCAGCGAGAUUCCUUAACGUCAAUUUUGAUUAGGAAUGUUUUUAUUAAUAACUGGUACAAAGUUUAACUUUUUGUGAUUUUUUCGUCAAAUUCGUUCGUCUACGUGGAAAUAAUGGCCACCCUGACCCGCCAGUUGGCCAAUUCAAUCAAAGUGCAACUUAACCUCAACUUCUUUCGGCCCAACAGUACCGCUACCAAGCUAGUCUAUGCCGAACAUGGGGACCCCAUCAAAGUCGUCCACACAGCAAACGAACCUAUUCCUAAGCCCAAAGACGACGAAGUCGUCAUUAAAAUGCUUGCAGCCCCCGUGAACCCCGCUGACAUAAACACAAUCCAAGGGAAGUAUCCCUCACGGCCGCCUUUACCUGCAGUUCCCGGGAACGAAGGUGUCGGGGAAGUUGUCAGUGUGGGGCAAGGUGUGAACGAUCUCAAGGAGGGCGAUCGUGUGGUGCCCCUUGUCAACGCUUUGGGGACCUGGAGGACACACACCGUUGUCUCCAAAAACAACGUUUUGAAAGUUCCGAAAAAAUUGGGGCUUGUGGAGGCUGCCACCCUUACAGUUAACCCCUGUACGGCCUUUCGAAUGCUGCGUGAUUUCGUCGAUUUGAAGCCUGGAGACACUGUUAUCCAAAAUGGGGCCAAUUCUGCAUGUGGACAAAACGUGAUUCAGAUUUGCCGCGCCUGGGGGCUCAGGAGCGUGAAUAUUGUGCGAGACAGGGCCGGCAUUGACGAAUUGCGCUGUUUCCUCCAGAAUCUGGGGGCUAACCAUGUCCUCACUGAAGAGGAGUUGAGAAAAACCGAGAUUUUUAAAAGCGGAAAGCUUGAAAAACCGAAGUUGGCCUUGAAUUGUGUCGGGGGGCAGAAUGCCUUGGAGGUCAUGCGGCAUUUGGACAAAGGGGGCACCAUGGUGACGUAUGGAGGGAUGUCGAGGGAGCCGGUGACAGUCCCCACUUCGGCGCUUAUUUUCAAAGAUUUGAGAAUAAGGGGGUUCUGGAUGACCGAUUGGACGAAGCAAAAUGCCGAUAGUGUUGAUCGAUUUGAAAUGUUUGAAGAGUUGAUUUCGAUGAUGACGACCAAUGAGCUGCAAGGACCCGCGUUUAAAAUGGUCAGUUUUGAGCAGUACAAGGAGGCCUUGAUGAACACCAUGACCAUCAAGGGGAUGAUCGGCAAAAAAUACAUCUUAGAGUUUAAAUAAAUUGUUCUGUGUUUGUUGUUGUUAGAUUAAUAAGGAUUUCAAAGAACCAAAUAAAGAUAUGUUUAUGAGU